AUGGCUGAGCGCAUGAGCCGUUGCGCGACGCUCAACGGCCGUCGUGUGGCGGCGAAGCGAGUAUGCUAUCCGCAUCCGCAAUUCCGCCGCUCGAUCCUCGACCUUGCUGUCACCUGGACAUGUCUUGUUGAGUCACGACUGGCGCCGAGUUUCGCACAAACGUUUCAAAGGCACGCCAAAGGCGACGGCGAUACAAAGAUGUCCGACAGAUCCCAGCAUACAGACCCGCGCCAGCAAGGGGGCGCUGACACCGACAACGCCGACCGCAUACUGCGAUUGCAAGAGGCCAUAUCCACGCUACGAACAUACGCUGAGCUCGAUGCUGCAGGGCUGCCGCAGACAGCUACAAUAGCAGACAGGGCGAAAGGCGCCACAAGGUUACUGAUCGGGUCGGCCUGGGAAGAGAUUGAGGAGAGGAGAGGUGGUAGGUCGAACAUUCCCGGCGUCAAGCCUCUGUUGUCCGCGUUACAAAAAGAGCUGAGAGCGUUUCAGUCGUCCACCCCGCCUACCUCUUCCAACGCUCCACAUCUGAUCGCGCAAUGUGCUGCUCUGAUGCAGGAGGCCACGUUGCACGUACCGAUCGCCGGUGUGAACGUCAGCUUUCCUGCUCCAAUUGACGACGGAGCGGUGCUGAGCGGAAGCAAAUCGAAAGCGAACAGCACAGCAAAAGUAGAUGUGGUGUCUGAGGGAGGAGGGCGAUGGGUGCGCAUCGUAGGCAUCAGGCCCUCUGCCUUGCUGCAAGAAUGGCGUGUCAUGGGCGAAGCCUCCGAUUCAAGGGCUGGUAGCGAAAUGGGUCCGGACGGUCUGGACCCGGUGCUUAGGAAUAGCUCGAUCUCGAAGCUCACCCAAGGACUCGUACGAGCAAAGAAGGCGGCAAUCGAUCAGCAUGCCCUCAGGAAGGAUGUGCAGAUCGUCUUGAAGUUUACACAUCUGCCGCUAGGUGCUCAAGACAGCAGCAUGAGUGCCAUGCAAGAAGAAAUGGGCUUAUCAUAUCCUAGUCCGGAGGCGAGAGAUCGCUUCUUGUCUCGAUUGUCCGCUCUUCGAAGCGCCAUCUUGCGCGAAGGCAUUUUGCUGGAGAAAGGCGAGCCGAGUUGGCGAAGAGAUCUCUCGCAGUCCCCAGCUCUGGCCACACCUGCUAGGAUUUCCAAAGCGGUCGCUGUAGACUUGUCCGCCGUCGUGGCUCUUAUCUCGGACAUCACGCACAUGGCCCUUCCGCCCAACGACGAAUUGCCAUUCAUUUUCAGCAGUGACGGCAUAGCAGGUCCCUCGAUACACGGCCGCGCCCUCAUCGAACAAGCGGAGCGGGAAAGAGUGGACGCUCUUUUUAACAACUUCAUGCCGGAAAGCGAAUCUGUUGCGGCUCAUAUUGAGGAGCUCUGGUGCACCGCCGAAACCAAGGACAAGGUCAUGGAUAUCGUCGAAAAGAUCGGAGGGACAGCUGAGAAGGCGCGCGGGCAAGCUCUCUUUAUGGAGGAUGCUGAAGCAGCUCGCUCGGCAUUCUGGAAAGGCUCUCGAUGGUCGAAGGCCGGCGCGCUUCGCCCUCGUCUGCCUCUGCCUAUUCGGGUCUUGGGAGGUCGACCUAGAUGGAGUAGGCAGGACUCUAGACCCUUCGUGGAUCUCUCUAGCGCACUUCAGCUACCGCCAUCUAAAGGCAGUCCCACGUCGCAUACACUCAAUACUCUUGAUCAAGCAUCUAGAGCGGCCAUGACCACUUUCACCACCAACAUCUGGAGCGCCACUUGGGUAUCGGACAAGCUUCCAUACGAGACCCUCCACGCGGACACUCCAGCUCUCAUGUGGGUCUUGCACCCUCGCAGUCUGGCCGAGAGAAUGCGCUCGGGUGCACUGCGCUCAGGUGCUGGUGCCCAAUCACCCGAUGACGCUAUCGCCUUGGCCACGCCUAGCGUGGAUCAGGUCAGUACCCCAAAGGCUUCCCUGCCCGUUUACCCACAGUCAGCUUGGGGGUCUCCAGCAGUAUUGUACGAUGCCUCGGGCAGCCGCUCUGACAACCUAUCGUCCAAAGAACGCAGCAGUCUGCUCGAUCCGGCGGUUGCCUCCUCUGCCGCCGUCGAUCGCACGUCCGCCCGCGCUUCGCGGCGAGGCGCUGGCUUCAAGAUUUUGAAUUUCCUGGAUGGGCCCCAUCCACGCUCGCGGUUAUUCAUCAGACAUUACCGUUGGUGGCCGUUCGCCAGUGUAGAGUCGAAGUGGACCAAGUUUACAAGUCCUGUCGCUUGGCGGGCGCCUGAUAUUCCAAGUCUGCUGCCUGAAGCAUCUCAAUCGAAGGAAGGUGCUGGAAUGGGGCUGGAGUGGAAAGAUCACGUCAAGAGAGACUGGAGGCUAAAUUGGAAGCAUUGGCUCCUGCUCGUUGCAGUGCUCGUUGCUUGGGUGUUGGGAUUCGCAUACCUCGUCAAAGGCUUGUGGUAUGAGAGUCGAGUUACGCUUGGCUCGGGGCAAGUGCUCGAACCGGACUUUUACGGAUGUACUUCGACCUUCUGGUUGGGAAACGCACAAUGCGGCGUUGACGGAGAGUCUUGCGCUCCUUUCGCAUCUAAUUCAUCGGUACCAUUUCGUUGUCCUGCAGGCUGCGCUGGAACGACGCUGGGCAGCGCUCGCGCCGUCGGCUCCGAAUUGCCGAACUUUGUGCCCCUUAUCGUCGGUGGUGGCGAUAAUCUGGUGGAUGGACGCAGAGUUUACCGCGCCGACUCAUUUGUAUGUGCCGCGGCUCAACACGCAGGCGUCAUUGAUGGUCGGACCGGCGGGUGCGGAACGCUUUGGCUGGGCGGUGUCAGCACGUCCUACGAGUCAGCGGCGCGUAACGGGCUGACCUCGAUCGGCUUCAACUCGACGUUCCCCGUAAGCUUCUUCUUUGACGAAUCGGCCCAGCAAAGCGGAUGUCAUGACACUCGAGAACGCGGAUAUGCGCUCAAUGUCGCGCUUUUGGCUUUCGUGGCCUUCGUCUUGCGUCCCAAGCGCAUCGUCUACUUUUGGAUCCUCGUUUGCACCGGAUUCUGGCACAUCAAUAUGCUGUCCGAACCGCGAGCUUAUCCUCCGAAAGUGGGAGGCCCGGUUGGCGAUUUCUUACCGACUCUCUUUGGCGCCUAUGUCAUUUGGAGGGUCGCAGUGCGAUACGUUUGGCCCGCCUUCGAACGCCUGCCCAUCGAAAGAGAAAUCUGGACCUUGGGAUUAUUCUGGAUUGGUACGAUGCUCAAUGUCGUCUUUGCCAAUGUGCCUCUCCAAAGACUGGUCGCCUCGGAUAUCGCGUCGCAGCCAGGCGCCCUGACUGCCCUGAUCGUCAUUAUUGUCGUCGUCAUCAUCAUUGUCAUCAACCAGAUCCGCGUGAUCCGCAAAGUGGGAGCUCUUCCGAAGUAUCUCGCGUUGGCAGUCAUUGGAGGAAUCAUCGUCGGUCUGUGUGCUGCUGUUCCCACGACGGGGCUCCGCUUGCACCACUACAUUAUCGCGCUCGUACUCGUUUGCUUCUGCGCAUUCCCCACGCGUCUCAGUCUCAUCUAUGUUGCAUUUUGCCUUGGGAUGUACCUGAAUGGGGUAGGCAGAUGGGGCUUCGACCCCAUCGCUACCGAUAUUGCAGACAUAGUUGGGGACGGCACCUUUGGUACCGGAUUGCCCUCGUUUGCGUCAGCUUCGAACUGGACAGGCUUGCCAGGUUUUGGUCCUCCCGCGAAUGCGACUGGUAUGGUCCAGUGGGAUGCCAUACCUGGCAAUCAAACCGACAGCUGGGACGGCUUCCACUUGCUGGUUGACGAUGUGCUGCGCUAUUCUGGCGAAGGCACAUCUUUCAACAUGACUUCGCUUAUCGAAGAUUACGCUCCCAUGGGCAAUAGUGGUAUGAACACCACUCUGUAUCCUGGUGGAUCAGCUGCGCUCAAUGCGACGCUCGCAUCGCAGCCUCAUUACCUCCGCCUUGCUUUCACUUCGCAAGGCUCUCCAGGUGACUACACGCGCGCCGCCAUUGCCUACUUCAACGGAUCGUGGACGCCGGCUCCAGAGGGCGCCACCUGAUCGUCUACGCAUGCAAACGUUUCUAGCGUGUGUUUUCCUUUGCAUUUCUCUCCGGGACACGAAUCCUCCUCAGUGCAUUCACACUGCAUCUCUGUGCUAAAUUGUACGCAUACAUCUCAACUCACUCCUUCAUCUUGCUGUAAAUUACAUCCCUGGAACAU